GAAAGCGUUUGACCGGGUGGAGUGGAACUAUCUUUUUAAGACCUCGGAGAUGUUUAACUUUGGCCCUAAAUUUGUUUCAUGGGUGAAGCUGAUGUAUACCUUGCCAAUGGCAGCAGUACGCACUAACAGUAAUCUAUCCAGCUAUUUUGAAUUGGUACGUGGUACGAGACAGGGGUGCCCACUCUCACCACUCUUAUUCGCACUCGCGAUUGAAGCACUCGCAGUGGCUUUAUGGAACAACCCUAAGAUUAAAGGUAUCAAUCGGUUUGGCACUGAACACAAAGUUUCCUUAUAUGCAGAUGAUACUCUUCUUUUUAUUUCAGAUCCCUUGUCUAGUGUUCCUGAGUUACUUCUUUUACUUCAAAGGUUUGGAAACAUAUCUGGUUAUAAGGUUAACCUUCAAAAAAGUGAAUUGAUGCCUGUGACCCCAAUAGAAGAGCAGCAUAUGGGUCCAGUUCCUUUCAAAAUUAGCUCUGCCAAAUUUAAAUACCUUGGGUGGUUGUUGGGUAUCUAUUGAACCCAACCACCAACUGCUCCCCACCCCAGUUGUGCCCCUGAGUGGCUUUUUAUUCCAACUUUUCACCGACUCUCAUCUGCAUCGUUGGGUCACAAUUAGAAACAUUUUACCGAUUUUACAAUCAAAUCUGUAUACCAAAUCUGCAGAAUUCUUCUUUAUUUGUAUUUUUUUCUCCUCAGACGCUGACAUCUCUGCUGCACCUCCUCACUGCAUAAUGCUAUCAUUUAGUUUCAGGGCGACCUGUCACCAAAGAUAAUUGUCAAUUAGAACUUAAUUCACUUCUUGUCAUACUUGACUUGCGCCAAGUGGUAUUAAACCCAAGUGCGUCAGUUUAGCAAGAGCAUGAGACAAACAAUUCGUGUGCGAGUACUUCAUGACUUGAUGGUGAAAAUGUUUGAGAGGCUGAUGAUUCAGAUGUAUUUGAUUUAAAUUAAAUUAAAAAUGUCCUUUUGGUUACAGGAGAGGAAAAAUGGAGCUCAGAUAAUUUCCAUGUCAGUAAGACAGUGUCUUUGUGUGUCUCCUCUGCCCUCUCUAAAGGUCCACCCCUCCUGCUGCCCGUCAGCCAGCAGAGUUGAACUGAAAGCCCCCCCGUCAUGUGGAGACGCUCAGAUUAGUCAGCUGCAUCAAGCUCUGGGUUGGGCUGGGAAAGUGACUGAGUGCAUAAAAAUAAAGCCUCAGCCUUUUUUCCCCUCCAGUACAAACUGCUCUGUCUGUGACUGAACCUCCUCUCUCUCUCUCUCCCACUGAUGAUGAGAUUUAAAUAUCUGUAGGACAGAGAGUGGACAUGCUGUGGAGUGGGAGCGCCGUCUCGUGGAGACCAGUCAGCAGGGUUUUCAGCUCUGGGAUUUAUGGCUCGCAGCUGUUGAGCGGCUGACAGACGUGUGAGGAGCCCGAGCCUCUUCAAGCUGCUCCAGAUCUGCUUCGGCUGCCGCUUUGGAAAGAGGACUGCUGUGUCUCCACGCUAACAGAUGGUACAGGAGCAGUAUGUCACCACCACCCAGGGCAGCGGCUCGCCCCAGCCGCUGCCCGACCACGUUUACAAGAUCGGCAUCUACGGCUGGAGGAAGCGCUGCCUCUACCUGUUUGUGCUGCUGCUCAUCGUCAUCCUGGUGGUCAACUUCGCCCUCACCAUCUGGAUCCUCCGGGUGAUGUGGUUCAACUCGGAAGGGAUGGGACUCCUCCAAGUUCACUCCGAAGGGGUCAAGCUGGAAGAUGGCGAGUCAGAGUUCCUUUUCCCCCUCUACGCCCAGGAGAUCCACUCCAGAGAAGAGCUGCCACUCAUUAUGCGCUCCUCAGAAAACGUUUCCCUCAACGCCCGCGAUGAAAACGGUGACGUCACGGGCCGGAUAUCUGUGGGUCCAAGGGAGGCUCAGGGACACGCGCCAAACCUGCUCAUCGCCGCCCCCAACGAACACAUGCUGUUCAGCGCAGAUGGCGAGCAGGCUGCGAUCGGACCGGACAAACUACGAGUCACGGGUCCUGAAGGAGCUCUGUUCCAGCACUCCGUGGAGGUUCCUCUGCUGAAAUCAGAACUCUUCAAAGACCUGAAGCUGGAGUGCCCGACCCGCUCGGUGAGUUUGGAUGCACCUAAAGGCGUUCACCUCAAAGCUCUGGCUGGAAACAUUGAGGCUGCUUCCAACAUGGAYGUUCUCCUGCAGUCCAGGGAGGGGCUGCUGGUUUUGGAUGCUGAGACCGUGCGAAUGCCGAGCCUGCCCCUGAGCAAGGAGGGGGUCUCUGGAAACUCUCAGGGUCUCUAUGAGGUCUGCGUCUGCCCCAGCGGGAAACUCUUCCUAUCGAAGGCCGGAAGAACUUCCACUUGCAGCGAUAAUCAGGACUGCUGAGACUCUGACGGGSUCGUCGACUUUCCGUCUCUCCGAGGAAGCAUCUUCUGGGAGGCAACAAGCACAAGUGUUUAUACGGAGCCCCAGUUUGUCUUUUUCUGACAUCUUUAUACCACAAUAGAUCUGCAGCGAUCCCACCAGCACCCUGAGGCUGGUGAUAACACAACUGCCUGCUGGCAUGUAUGUCACAGAUGCCCUGAGAUACUUCAAUGCCUUUGUUGCGUUUGGACAAAUGUAACUAGUUGUUUAAAUCAAAAUUGGCUCUAAGUUGUAUUUUUAUUUUUUUUUACACGUGGCUGGGCAAUGAGGAGCUGGUAACAGCUUACAUCCUAUGCAAUAUUAUCUUGUGGUGCAAUAAAUGAAGGGAACACAUAUGAAGGACUUGGAAAACUGGAAAAAAAGAAAAACUUGAAAGGGAAAAACAUUUUUUAGAUGUAUUUAGUUUAGUUUAUGCAAAUCCUCCUCCGUGACUCCAAGCCCUUGGUAUGUGAUGCUUUUAUUUUUUUUCCUGAUUGAUUUGGUGUUCAGCAUGUCUUUAUUUAAAUAAGGGGGUUUGGGGAAAUGCUACCCUGCUUUGUUUUUGUUGUAGACGAUUCCAAUUUUUACUAAGUCAAAUUCAAACACAGCUUUAAUUCAGUAUCUCAUUUGGCUGCUACUGUUGGCAGCUAAAUUAGUUGGGAGACAAACAUAGAAGAAGAUGUGCAAAUUUUCACUUAAUUACACUGAUUUGACAUGUUUGUGGUUUUCGCAAAAAAAAAGUUGCACAAAUGUCUGGCCUCAAGUCACUGAGUAAUUAUCAAGCCAUUGUUAAAUGACAUACAUGCUUGCAAAAAUAACUAACAACAACAACAACAAAACUUCCUCUUAACAGUUGGAAGUGCAGAAACUAUUAGCUGGAGACCCACAGCGAGAUGAGGACCAGGCUUUUAGCAAGGAUUUUGGAACACCCUCAGGUCAUUUGUUCAUUUCAGUCAUCAACGGCAUUGACCAGUUAAAUCGUAGCUUUUAUUUAUGAAGGCCAAAAGAAGGGAAAAAAAUCGACCAAUGACAGUGCUUACAUCCCUCGCACAUCUAAGUAUUURCUUGGUUUAAUUAAACCACACACACAAAUUACUAAAAAUUUAGUAAUUUAAGUUGUUGUUACAUGGAAAUGGGGCCUCACUAAAAUGAAGCAGGAUGAUUAAACCUCUGUAGCUAAAAGCUUGAUGGAGACCCACACCUGGCUGACAUGCUAAAAGCUGCUGCAGGUCUUCUUGCUGCUGUGACCCAAUGUGUCCAUCACCCCAACAAUAAAACCUAUCCUUAGCCAUCAGAUUGCAUUCAGGUUCUAUUAAAUACAUGUGUGAAUGGUGUAAACACACAUAAAAUACAUUUUCACUCAAACCACGUGUUUCGCUGCGUAGGAGUCCAAAAUUUCUGUCGCACUAGAGAGACUCUGCAUUCAAGGAAGUUGAGAAACUCUGUUUCAAGAGAUCUUGGAGACUUCUUUGUGAAUAUUUCUCGCCAGUUGCAGUCCAGUGAGAUACAAGCUUUAGGGUUAAAUUUCAGUUUUGUUUUGCUUUGAUUGUUUUACAAGUUUGAGAUAAAAAUCUUGGUGAUAUUACUAGUUUUGUAUCACGUGUGUCUUCCUACCAGUAAUGAACCAGUGUAUGUUUGGCCUGGGGUGGAUUUUGUUUGUUUUUAGUUCUUUUUGUGAGUAAUUACACAGCCACAACAGAUUUUAACUGUUGUUUUUUUUUUGUAAGUAAGCUAAUCUGUUUUUCCAAUAACUUCAUAUGAAGCCAGUGUAAAGACAAACCAUAACUUUGACUACAAGAACAUCCAAAAACGACAAAAGACUAUUCUAAAUGGAUUGAAGAUGCUUUUGUCAUUGUUCUUUUUUUUGUUGUUGUUGCCAGAUUUACUUUGAAUGUGUUCUCUUUUAUCAGAAAAUGGAUGUGAUGUGUAUUUAUUUUGUAUGUUUAAUAAACUUUGUUAUUCUAAUGAC